AUGUCGUUUUUGAAUAAUGAUUUCGGCAGUCCGCCGCCAGCCACUUCAUCACCACCGAGUAUGCCAAAAAUACCGACGAUUCAGGAUAUGCUCAACAAUAUUGGAGCAUCUACAGGAGUCAAUUUGAUUCAACCUAAUCCAUAUCUUCAAAAUCAAAUCCCAACCAAUGUUCCCCAAUUGGCAUUUAAUCCAUUCCUGCACAUGAAUCCUGCGAUCAGUCAAGAAAUCAUUCAACAAUUCAUCGCAAUGAGUUUUAAUGCUCAAAAUGUGCUCACAGGAAUGGGCAAUAUUGGAGAGGACGAGGCUUCGUGUAAUCUGAAAAUGCGUCGUGGAGAUCUUCUCAAAAUGAAAAGUGUUUCAAUGGAAAGUACAGAAGAUCCCCCAUCAAUCAGUAUUGAUCCAAAUGGAGACAUGAUUGUUCCAAAUAAUGAUAAAGAAGGUUGGUGUCGUAACAAAAAGUACAUCGAGAGAACGGAGAAUGGAUACAUGUGCACUGUUUGUAGAAAGGUUUAUGGAAGAUACAACUCAGUCUCCUACCAUGUUACCAUCUACCAUAGGAAUCCACCAAUCAAAUGCAACAUGCCAAACUGUCAGUUCACAACCCGUGAGGCUCGAUACAUUCAUUUCCAUAAAUACUAUCGACAUGGAAUUCCACUUCCUCAGAGUAUCGACCAAGGUUCUCGAAAAUGUCCACACUGUCGUCACGUAUCAAAGAGCCCUGCGAUGCUCGAGAAACAUAUCAGGAGGCAUCAAUUGAAGGAUGAAAUCUCCAAUGGAAGCAUCGAUUUAAGCGAAGCAAUGCGCGAGAGAACAUCCACAAUUUGUGAUGAAACGAUGGACAUCGGAGAGCAAGAGCCCGAAACUGAAAUCGUCAUUGAAACGAAACCCCGCUCAUGCACAUUGUAA